UUAAAUCGCUUGUUAAGUAAAUUUUCAGUUUUCCAACUUCAAAAAAUUUUUAAAAUCUCAUAAAUUUAAAAAUACAUAAGUAAAUACCAAAAAAGAACAGCCGAAAUCCGACGUAUGUCUAUUAAAUUUGUUCACGUGGCCGAAGUAGUAGUGCGGAUUGUAUAAAAUGGCUUUUUAAUAAUGAAAAUUUCCGUUCGACCAAAUUUGUUUAAUCUGAAAAUUAACGCAAAUCUUUCGGCACCGCUUUUUCGACGCCUAACAACACAUUCCUUAAUUUCCAAUUGCACCGCAAGUUAAGUAAAUCCAUUCAAAAUCAAGCCAACAAAAGCGAAAACUAUGUCCGCCGCCAAAAUGAAGACUGCACCGAGUGCGGCCACAACCGCCACCACAGACGCCAAUGAGCGUAUACGUAAGCAACAGCAACAACAACAGCAACAAGACGAUAAAAUUGCUAAUAACUUUGCAACGUCGUCGGUGGCGGCUACAGCCACGUCUGUUGCACUGCCAACCACCUCAAACACGGCGGCAGCGGCACGCCGAAAUCACACUAGAAAAUUACGCUCUGCCAGCGGCGAUGAUAUCAACCGCCAAACAACAACAACAGCGAAACGCAAACGUCAUGUAAAUUUCAGUUCACCAAAUACCAAGUCUAAAAUACGUCUAACAACUGCCAAAAGCAAGUCACAAACCAAUGCCGCGAAUACAAAAGACACGGUGGGUAGCCAGCUGCCCACAGUGGAAAAGUCCAAGUCGAUAUUGAAGGUGAAGCAUGUUACGGUGCUGAAACGUAAAGCGGGCACAAAUAAAGUCACUAAGAAACUUAAGAAAGUACCGCAAGGCGCGCAAGCUGAAUACGAAGCGGCUGAGUUAUCCAAAUUGCAGCAGCAAUUUGCUACCAAACUGCCAGAGACACCAAACGCAACCGAGUCCAUACCGAAUGAACUCUCAGCAGAACGCCCAAAUGCACCUACAAGCUCCAGCGAAAAUGUGCAGGGUGCCAGCAAACGCCGCAGCAGCGGCAAACGUUUGCUCAAGCGCCGCCACAGUGGCGGUACGAAACAUGUGGCAACCGGCGUUGGCAUCAUCGAAUCGGGUUCAGUAAACGUGCCACCGGUGCGUCGCUUUAGUCCUGUGCACGACAAAACGGCGCUUAAUACUCAUGCGUCCAAAGUUUAUGAAGGCGCUGAAAUGUUUGCUGGCAAUAAUUUGAAAUCCUACGAAACUAUACCAACUACUAGCAACAAUAUAAUGGUGGCUAUGGUCAAAGAAGCGCAUAAUGCCAAGCAGAAGAACGCAAACAAUGAAGAAGCGCCACCAGCAGCAGCAACAAAUGACGCAGUAGCUAGUAAUACGGUUGUCACUAAUGUAGCUGCUGUCGAUGUCGACAACAGUGGUGUUGUUGGUGGCGGUAGUAGUGCACCAACAGCGGAGGAGUUGCAAAAUUCAUUAACACCGCCGUCGGUUGUGCCAAUCGCCGAACCCAUUUCGACGGCUCCCUCAACUAGUAAUAAUAAUUCGUCUAAAAAAGGGGUAAAUGUCUUACCAAUUAGCUUCUUGAUUAAAUUGUUUGUUACAAAUGCCGCACACUCUUCAAUUUGAACGGUAUUUCGUCUGCAUUUCCUACCCUGCAGAGUAACUGCAAAUUAAUUUUUUGCGUUGGUGUUUUUUUUUUUUUUUUCAAAUU